AUCAAAGAGGCCAACUGAGAGGCUAACACCUGCAUGCUCGCCAAGGUCCGAAUACGCCCCACGGGGAUGGCGGCCGACAUGGCCGCCGCAGGAUGCCUUGCCGUCGCUGCAGAUACCCUGUGUCAAAAGGUCAUCGAGGAGCGUGAACGGAUAGACUGGCGCCGAGCAGGCGCCCUCGCCGCCUUCAACGGCCUGUACGUCGGCGGAUUCCUGCAUGUGCUCUACCAGUGCUACUCCCCCGUCGUCUCUGCGGUCGCGACGCGCAUGGCGGCCUCCAGCGCGCUCCGCUCCACGGCGUCUCCGCAGCACGCCCUGGGCUGCGCGGUCGUCGACAACCUCCACUGCGGCUCGCUAUACAUCCCUGCCUUCUUUGCGUGCGUCGGCACGAUGCAGGGCCAGACCCUCGGCGAGGCUCUCGCGCUGCUGCAGGGCGAGUGGUGGCCGACCUACACCUCGUGCACCGCCUUUUGGAUCCCCUUCAUGGCCGCCAACUUCAGGAUGGUGGCGCCGGCGAGGCGCGUGCAGGCCAUGGCGGUGGCGAACAUGUUUUGGAACGUGGUGAUCGACUACCUCGCCCACCGCCAGCUCCACGCCCCGCCCUCGCCCGAACGGCCGGCGCUGCUCUUCCGCACUGAGCAGCCGAAGACGGUGGUUUGGCCGCUCUGCUAGCCACAGAGGCCCUCGGCCGACUGUACCUUUCCUUCCGUGUACUUCUUGUUCCUCCUCCUCCUCCACUGCCACCACUCGACUGUCUGAGCCAGCGGGAUCUACCCGAAGGAUGUCCAGUGUC